GUACAGCCUUUUAUGGAUGAUAAUGCAGAGUAAUGGUGAAAAGUCUGGGAAGGUUGAAGUCUGCCAAACCGCUCUGCACAACAAUCUAGCAGGCAAUUUAGCCCAGACCAUGCGGUUUCCCGACUGCAGAGAUUUAGGUGUGUCAAUUAAACAAAUAUCAAUUUUUAAUCUCCUUUAAUUUAAUAACCAACUAUUGCUUUUGCACACUGAGAAAAUAUCCUCCUGAUCCUACCCCACUCAUACUUGUGGGUAGUCUAACAAGAGUCUAUCUCUCCUUCAGAGUAUCUGUUAGAAAUGUGGGCAUAAAAUUGACUUUGCAAGUGUCGUCGCUGCUGAUCUGUGAUGAGGGGAAACCGUUUGGAUGUAUUUUGAGGUCCCUUAGGGGACUGCAGGGACUUGUGGGAAGAUGACCUGAUUUCUAAUUUUCUCCUCUCCUGCCUGGGCUGUGGGCUAGUCGCUGCUACAAACAGAGAAGCAAAGAAAAGGAGUGUGAGAGUGUGAUUCGACCCUGACUAUCUUGGAAUAUGGAGCUGCUUUUACUGUAAUUGUGGGUGUUGUUGAUGGAUCCAGGUGCUGCUGUAAUUCUCUCUCAGUAGAUUCAGGUGAGCAGCCAUGGCUAACUUGCAGCAGGAAUACCCUGGAGUCCUCCUGGGGAUCCUGGAGGAACUGGCCAAUAUGCGCCAGUGGCUAUCCUUCCAGGAUCUUUGCCGCAUGGUCAGUACCCGCUUUGACCUCGAGCACCUCAUUGAGCUCAGGAGUUUGCUGUUUGCUGCAGCGAGCAGGGACCCCUGUUUUCCAGCCACUUUGUUCAGGGACCGGGUUUCCACCAGAGGCCAGGGGCUUUCACCCAUUGGGGUCGCUGCUGACAUAGUGACUAUCUUCAAUCUGAUUCAGAUGACGGGUGGGGUCUCCGAUGACAAUCAUCCAAUGAGAGCCCAGACUGUCCUUCCUGUCGACCAGUCCCCAGGCCCCAGUCUGCCUGGAAUCCACCCAUUUUACAUGUCUAGUCGAGAACGAGGACGUGCCCACUCUGACUCAAGUGGAAGAUUCAUCGAUCAGCACUUGCUGUUUCCAAAAUCAAAUUACUCGGCCCGUAAGCGAGCUAGUCUUCCCCCGGAUCCUAUCUCAUUUGUGUCUUCUCCUUCCCCUCCUAUCAGGACAAGGGCUGUGUCUUUUGACUUGCCUCAUACUAUACAUUCAUACUCUAGCAGUCAAAUUCCCACUGAGGAUAUGAAGAAUAUCUACCUGCCUCUGGAGACGGACAGUGAGUCUAGUGGUGAUUCUGGUCCAAUGGAAGUGUUUGAAGCCGAACAGGGAUCCUCAGUUGACCAGAAGAGAACCAUGUUUAGGAAGGACUUCCAUAAUCAGCCUCCUCUAAUACCACAGGUGACUAUCAGCAGUGAGUCUCCCAGUCCCAAAAUAGGGCACAAAGGCUUUGAAAUCAUUCCAAAUCCUUACCCAUCACCUACAGUAGUCCACCAGUCGCCAGAGCACCGGACUAAAGCUAAGCAUGAGAGCUUUGAUGAUCUGCAGGACUCAACUUAUUUUGGACCAGGGUCAUUCCCAGAACCAUCCCCCCGACACUUGCGGCCACCCAGGGCACAAAGGCCCAUCUGGAGUAAUAAGAGUCACAGUCUAGAGGACCGGAUAGGUCUGAGUAACAUUGAUAUAGGGAUGGAAUCACAAGCCGGACAACGUCCAAGGCAAUCUACUCCUGCUAUCAGUAUUUUGGGGGAGUCUUCAGGAGGUGAGAGUGCAGAUAGUGGAUUGCCAAACGGAGGUGAAGUCGUGAAAGCUCAGGGAACACAAACAGACCCACCAGAUCCCCGGAGACUCCGUAGCCUGGUUCAUGCUGAUCGCCUCUCCUUCAUGACCUCAUUAGAUGACCCUGAGUUUGGUGAGGAUGAUAUCAGUGCCAUCUUUCGUUUCUUAGAUGAUAUAAGCAUGUGUGGUUCCACGGGAGUCCUGCACCCCAAUGAUAGCACCAUUAACCAGGACACCCCUGAAGCCAGACGUGGACGCCUGGGUCAGCUUCAAAGGCUCUUUCAUUCUCUGGAGAGUAGUGACGAUGGGCUAAAGGCCAGCGUCUGUAAGCUGCUGCUUCGUAUGAGUCAAAUAGAAAGACAACUGGAAUCUCUGAAUGAUGUGAAGGCUGAGAUUUCUCAGGUGCUCUCUGCUUUGCAGCGACUGGAUGAAAAGAUCCAGCAACCUGUCCUUAGUGGUGGACAAGGCACUGGCGGUAGAUGGUUUGAGCCACUGAGUGGUGUCUCCUCUUUUAUGAGCCACCCUGUAACUCCCUCCGAGUCAUCAGAGCCUCAGCCUCUUUCUGCAUCUGGGCAUCUGUUUCCAGGAACAAGCACAAGCAGUCUGGACUGGAGCCGAUGGAACACCCCCAUGGAUCAAACAGAGAGCAGCAAAGGUCAGGCAGAUUCUAAAGGGGGGAAAGAAGGGAAGAAGGAUGCAUCAUCCCGACGUGCCUCAAAAACCCAGCUUGAAGAAAAAAGCCUCUCUGAUACUAAACAGCUGAAUGUUUCUAACUCCGCAAGAGACUGGAAGGUGUCAUUCUCGAAACUUAAAGAUGGCAAAACAUCGCAAAGAAAGCUUGGACAGGCAGAUCAGUCAGACAGCACCACUAACCUACUCUCCCAAAAGUCUACUAGUGUGGUGGAACAAGUGUUUAACUCGUCCCUGUUCCGUCAAAAAGACAGCAGUCUGGCAGGGGGGCUUACCUCCGGGAAGGUCAUGGAGCCCAGACUGGCCGAGGGGAGGGGAAGGCCCAUAUGGACGGUAGAUGACAAAGAGGCACGAAUCUCACCCUUGGACCUACAUGCUCAGGAGUCCCUGAACCCCAACAACAUGGAGUUCUGGAUGGAUGACAUCUACACUCCGGGCUACGAUGCCCUGCUCAGGCGUAAAGAAGCAAACCUCCGUCGGCUCAAGGUCGAGUAUGGUUAAAUGUGCAGACUGCAAAAGGAGUCCACUGUUUCAGAAAGGCCCGACAGCGACUUGUGUAAAAGACAGUAAAAUCCAUGAGUGGAGGAAAUGUACCUGUAAAGCUGAAUUAUUGAUAAAGACAGAGAAUGCUAUUGACUGACAUAUCCUAUUAUCUUAAAUCAACAAUAAUGGACUGGCUGUGCUCAGCAGACAGUCAUACGGUUCUUGAGGAAAGUUAAUUGCUAAAUAGGACGGCCAAGGCAUUAAAAAAAUCCAAGAGGCACACACAAAACAGCUUUAGUAGUUGACAAAUUGUUGAAAAUCACCAAAUUUACACAUACAUGGAAAUGUUGCAGUUGAUUUAAUGUGUGUGAGUGCAAAUGUGUUAUUCUCACUACAUGUUGUGCAGCAGAGCUGCUGCUGCACCCAGAUAUGCCAUCGGUGGCUGAUUAAUGAUUCUGCCGUGUGUAUCCCAUUUGCCAGGGUGAUGAUGACAGCACACAAUUACCGAGUGUUUCAAAGGAUUUCAUGCAUUAUUUCCCCCAACAUUACAAAUAAGUACAACUGGAGGCACAUAUAUUGAGCUACAAAAACAAACUUUGUAUCUACUGAGAAAAACUUAAAUUUAAAUAAUAGAAUUACUGAUCCUACUGAUGUGGUUCAGAAGUUCAGAUGUCAUGUCAAACCUGCAAGAAUACUUUAAAGUAAUAUACAGAUUCUACCCCGUUUGGAACCAGACAGUUAUUCUUUAGAUGUUGUUUGAGAGGUAAAAUAAUGCAACUUAAUGUAUAUAAUUAUCAUUAUGAUGGAUUUACAUAUAGUAUUAUUAAGGACUUCCAUGAUGCU